AUGCUACGUGUCCGGAGACGCCAGGUGCUCUCAGGUGCUCAGCACCAGUUCGUGCGCAUUAAUGCCUGCCGCCUCCUAGCGUGGCUGAAGGACGCGCUGGUGGCUGGAGGCGGUCGGCUUCUGGGCCGUGGGGCCUACGGCGAAGUGCGUCUAGCUAAAGACCCUGACGGACGCCUCUUAGUUGUCAAGACUUUCUACGGGUCCAUUUCCGAUUUGCUGGCCGAGGCUGUUGCUCUGUGGAUCGCUCGCCAUGUGUCUGGCGUGCAAAGCCUGGUCGGCUUGUGUCCUGAAGCACUGCAGAUCGUGAGUGUGUACGCCGGACGAACCACCUUCUGCCGUGCCCUCGAAGAACGAUCCCUCAAACCCACUGACAUCCUAAGCAUACUGAUGCAAGUUUUAACAGCCAUAGAUGGUUUGCACAAGCAGGGCCUCUGCCACAACGACAUCAAAGGGGAUAACGUAUGUUUGGCGCGGAAGAAAGGCGGGAUUGUGCUGGCCACUGUUAUCGACCUUGGACUCGCCCGACGCUCAGGAUCAGUGCCCUAUGAUUUUAACCUUCGCAGGCCCAACAGAUUGUACUGGCUGCCGCCAGAGCUGAAGAAGAAGGAGGGCGACUGA